AUGGACCGUGCUCGAUCUGCUUUUGCGCCACACACCAGCGGGGACUUCUACCCAAAACAUGAUCCAUUUCGCCCAAGGGGCGAAUGCCAAGAAAUUCCAGCAUUUCGACUGGGGAAGAGCGAAGAACAUGCAGUUCUACGGCCAAAAGGAACCUCCCGAGUACGACUUGUCAAAGGUCGUCACACCCACGUUCCUCUAUUGGGGAAAGAGAAUGCCAAGAAAUUCCAGCAUUUCGACUGGGGAAGAGCGAAGAACAUGCAGUUCUACGGCCAAAAGGAACCUCCCGAGUACGACUUGUCAAAGGUCGUCACACCCACGUUCCUCUAUUGGGGAAAGAACGACUGGCUCGCCAAUCCCACAGACGUGGAGUGGUUAUCAAACCGAUUACCGGCGUCGAGCCUGAUCGGUUGUUACCCAGCGAACUUCAGCGCUUGGAAUCAUCUGGAUUUCCUCUACGGCAAGGAUGCCAAGAAACUUGUCUAUGACAAAAUCCUUUCCAUGAUGAAACUAUUCCAGAAAUAGAAAGGUCAUUUCGGCUCGGAAUUGAACAUACGGAAUCCGUAAAUAUCAUUUUUAAAUGUUAUUGUACCGGUA